AAAGCAUUCUUGACUCACACUCAUAAACAAUACGUGUGUGUGUGUGUGUUUCGGCUCUUUCAAUCUUUUUCUAGAAUUAUGCUCACUGCUUUUCUGCUCUUCCGUCCAUCUUCAGACCUCUAAUUCUCUGGCUAUGGUGAAAUGCCAUUAUCCUGCCAAGUUUCACUAUAAGUCGUUCUCACAAGUGUCCUUUAUGUGGCUGUUUUUAAAUUACUUGCCCACAUCUUAGAGCUUGUCUCCAUAUAGGCUGGGUGAUAGCUCUUUUACAUCUUCUGAUCCCUCACCAUCCCAGUGCUGGCAGUUUUGUGGAGUUUCUCGCUUAAACUCGAUAUCUGAUUUCUAUGGAAUACAGUAUGAAUGGAAUGAGUGAAGACCAUUCCUCCCUGGGCAGCUCAACAAAGAGGCCAGAAGGCCACAAAACCCGCUACAAUAAGGAUGUCAUGCCAGGGAGUGAGCUUUGGACGGAUGGACUUAUUUGUGCUUUUGAAUUUGUGCGGGGGCGUAGGAGAUCAGUACGGUCAAAAUCUUAUUCCAAGAUCUUGUCAAUCCCUCAAGUAGACACUGGGAAUGUCACUACACCCAUGCCUACUCAUGGAGGGGUUGAACCUCCUGCUCAGAGAAAAAGCAUGAUAAAUUCCAAAGAUCCAGCAACUCUUCAUGAGAUUGGUGCUUCCGGGAAUGGUGCUUUGGAUAGUGAUGCAGAUAGACCAAACUUGCAACCAGACUGUUUGCAUUCUGUGGAAAGGUUUGAAGGUAGUCAUUGGAUUCCAAUUGGAUGGGCUAGAAUUUCUGAACUUGUUCAAACUGUGCAAAUUGAUGCUGGAUGGUCUGAACAGCAAGUUGAUUUGAUGGAUGAUGAAGAGGACCUCACAGUUGCUGAUUUAGCUGCUCCUUACUGGGAGCGUCAAGCUGGGCCCACAUGGUGGUGUCAUGUUGCUGCAGGGCAUCCAUGUGUAGAUGCAUGGCUCAAAAGUGCCCAGUGGCUGCAUCCUGCAAUUUCUGUUGCAUUAAGAGAUGAAAAUCGACUAAUAAGUGACCGGAUGAAGCAUCUCCUUUAUGAGGUACCAGUUAGGGUGGCUGGGGGCCUAUUGUUUGAGCUCUUGGGGCAAUCAGCAGGAGAUCCAUAUGUUGAUGAAGAUGAUAUACCCAUAGUUCUUCGUUCUUGGCAAACACAUAACUUUCUGAUUUCUGCUCUGCACGUGAAAGGUUCUGCAUCAAGAAUCAAUGUUUUGGGCAUCACAGAAGUUCAGGAGCUACUUGUAGCUGGUGGUUACAAUGCUCCAAAAACAGUACAUGAAGUUAUUGCACAUUUAGCUUGCCGUCUUGCUCGAUGGGAUGACAGAUUGUUCCGAAAAUCGAUAUUUGGUGUGGCUGAUGAAGUGGAAUUGAAAUUUAUGAACAGGAGGAACCAUGAGGAUUUGAAUCUUUUCGGCAUAAUUCUGAACCAAGAAAUCAGAAAGUUAUCAACACAGGUCAUCAGGGUGAAAUGGUCACUUCAUGCAAGAGAGGAGAUUGUGUUUGAACUUCUCCAGCAUUUGAGAGGAAAUACAGCUAGAAGUCUGCUAGAAGGAAUUAGAAAGAGUACAAGGGAGAUGAUUGAAGAGCAAGAAGCAGUUCGAGGCCGUUUGUUUACCAUCCAAGAUGUCAUGCAGAGCACUAUUCGUGCAUGGUUGCAGGAUAGAAGCCUUAGAGUCACGCAUAAUUUGACUGUUUUUGGUGGAUGUGGCCUUGUGCUUACCAUUAUCACUGGCUUAUUUGGAAUCAAUGUUGAUGGGAUUCCUGGAGCUGCGAACACGCCAUAUGCAUUUGGGCUGUUUUCGGGCGUACUUUUUUUCUUAGGUAUUGUGCUAAUAGUGAUUGGAUUGCUCUAUUUUGGGUUAAAAAAUCCCAUCAGCGAGGAGAAGGUUGAGAUUAAGAAAUUGGAAUUGCAAGAGAUGGUAAAGAUGUUCCAGCAUGAAGCAGAGACUCAUGCCCAGGUCCAUAAACCAGUAUCUCGACAUAAUCUGCCCCCAACAGCAGCUGACAAGUUCGUACAGGAAGCAGAUUAUCUUCUCAUCAGCUAACGGGAAAUGAGAUGUAUCAACUAUCAUUAAUUUGAAGUUUAGAGUAGAACUUGCCUUAUUUCUCUUUUGUAGGAAUCGACUUGUUGGACUUAAAAUGAAAGAGACGAUUUGAGCUGAUAAAAAUCAGGCAUAUUUCUGACAUCGUGUAAUUAACCUGCAUGGUCAAAUCCUCUUUUAGAGAGUCCCAUUAAAAAUCCGCUUACUGAUUGACGUCAAGAAUUAUUGACUAUUCCAUCAUUUACUUAAUGUUU